UAGUUUUUCUCUACCAGAUCACGACAGCCGCGGGAAGUUGCCAAGAUGGUGAACAUUACGGAGAAGAUCAAAGAGAUUGAGGAGGAGAUGCGGAGGACGCAGAAAAACAAGGCUACAGAAUAUCAUCUUGGUCUGCUCAAGGGAAAGCUCGCUCGUCUGCGUGCACAACUGCUGGAGCCUACAGGAGGUGCGGGCAGUGGCGGAGGAAGCGGAUUCGAUGUGUCGAAAUCUGGUGAUGCACGUAUAGCCCUUGUUGGGUUCCCAUCGGUGGGCAAAUCAACGUUUCUCUCCAGAAUCACAAAAACCAAGUCGGAAGCUGCGUCGUAUGCUUUCACUACGCUCACGGCUAUUCCGGGUGUGCUCGAGUACGGUGGUGCCGAGAUUCAGGUCCUGGAUUUGCCCGGUAUUAUUGAAGGUGCUGCCGAGGGCAAGGGUCGCGGAAGACAGGUCAUUAGCGCGGCCAAGACGAGUGAUUUGAUCUGCAUGGUUCUUGAUGCUACCAAGAAGGCGGAACAGAGGCGCUUGCUCGAAGCCGAGUUGGAGGCUGUAGGCAUCAGGCUGAACCGUUCGCCACCCAACAUCUACCUCAAGCCCAAAAAGGCUGGUGGCAUGAAGAUCAACUUCCAAGUCCCACCAAAGUAUAUUGACGAGAAGAUGGUGUACAACAUUCUCAAGGACUACAAGAUUCUCAAUUGCGAGGUGCUCGUGCGAGACGAGAACGCGACUGUUGACGACUUCAUCGACACCAUCAUGAAGGACCACCGCAAGUACAUCAAGUGUCUGUAUGUGUACAACAAGAUUGACAGCAUUGGGCUGCCACACCUGGACGAGCUGGCACGGGAGCCAAACACGGUGGUCAUGAGCUGCGAGCUGGACCUGGGCAUCCAAGACGUGGUUGAUAGGUGUUGGGAAGAGCUGAGGCUGAUCCGCAUCUACACCAAGAGGAAGGGCAACGACCCGGACUUUUCGGAAGCGCUGAUUGUGCGGCAAGGAAGCACGAUUGAGGACGUGUGUGACCAGGUACAUCGGACGCUCAAGGAGACGUUCAAGCACGCGUUGGUGUGGGGGGCAAGUGCCCGACACGUACCGCAGAAGGUGGGCUUGGGACAUGUAGUCGCUGACGAGGACGUGGUUAGCAUUGUGGCCAAGUAGUGGGGAUAUGAGGGGGAGGAUGCAUUGUGCACUUGUGCUACAAUCGUGCCGCACAGCACGGGUGUUAGUGUGUCAUGGUGGACAAAGUGUCUAGGAGUAGCAAGACAUGCGAAUAGCACAUGCAC